AUCACAUCUACAUUACACAUACACAUAUUCAAGCUUGCAUCUCAACCACAACCAGAGAUCCCAGCAAAUACAACACCGAACAUGACAGCUACCACAAUCAUCACAGCUGUACCAACAAACCAACACGACCACACCAUCGGUCAUUGCCGCGCUCAACGGCACACACUCUACGCGUACACCGAGCAUUGCCAAACAGUCGAUGCAAAACCAAACCCUACUGUUUCGCAACCUCAACCCUGCAGUGAAGACGAGUGGACAGAGAGUUCAGAAGAGCUUGCGCGCUGGGGCAUACAAGCUGCUGAGCCGGCGAGACAGGAUGCUGUUCCUGCGACGAGAGUGCAUGAAGAGCCCGAGUGUCUGAGGAUCGAGGAUGUUGCAAAGUUUUGGCAGUAA